AUCCAGGAGCUAUGCGAGUUAAAACACGAGAUAAAUCAAGGACCUGUAGAACUUUCCAAGAUGCUUCAGCAUUGGUGCUUCACUUUUUUCAUCACUGCAGUUAUACAUGGACAUGUUGCUGAUGCUACAACAGGGUUUGAGGAAGAGCUGAAGCACCUGAAACCCCAAGCAAGUGCUUCAACACAAACCUCUGCAGCUCAGGAACUUAUCAAGAGACUUCUCCCCACAAGAUACCAACAUUUCACAGUCACUGUCAACCCUGCUAUUGGUAGUGAUGAUCAUCUCGAUUCUUUUGAGAUUUCAGCAGAUGGGACCACUGUUCAGGUAACCGGUACUACCGGAGUAGCUACAGUAUGGGGUGUCCAACAUUACCUGGUCCAUUACUGCAACUGUCACAUAUCAUGGGAUGGUGACCAACUUUACCUGCCUCCAGAUGGGCAGUGGCCUGUGAUACAACCCCUGUUAAGGGUUACCAGUCCAAACAGAUUCCGUUACUACCAGAAUGUGUGCACUGUGAGCUACACGUUUGCUUGGUGGGACUGGGAGCGUUGGGAGAGGCACAUUGACUGGAUGGCCCUGAGUGGUAUCAACCUUCCACUGGCUUUCAAUGGUCAGGAGGCUAUCUGGCAGAAGGUCUACCUCAAGAUGGGCCUGGAACAGAAGGAUCUGGACAAACACUUUGGUGGACCAGCCUUCCUGGCAUGGGCCCGUAUGGGUAACAUUGAUGGGUGGGGUGGACCCAUACCCCAAUCAUGGCACACCAAUCAGCUGGCUCUCCAACAUAAGAUCUUGAAGAGGAUGAGAGAGUUGGGAAUGAUACCUGUAUUACCAGCCUUUGCAGGACAUGUGCCAAAGUCCUUCUGCAAGUGAGUUCAAUCUUGUCUU